AUGGCGGCUCACCAGCAAAGCAGGAUUCAAGCCUACCUGGAGAAGAACAAGAUCGGGCCCCUCUUCGAGGAACUGAUGACCAAGCUGAUAACAGAAACUCCUGACCAUCCAAUCCCAUUUCUUAUUGACCACCUCCAGUCCAAGCAGGGGAGCCGUGGCCAGCUUCAGAGGACACUGUCUGGAUCUGCUGCUCUCUGGGCAGAAAGUGAAACUGCAGAAAACAAGGGAGUGAGAAGGGAUUUUAAAAGUUAUGAUAAACCCUGGCAAACAAAUGCAAAGAAGCCUAAAAAAUCAAAGAGUGACCUUGCUGUAUCCAACAUUUCUCCUCCAUCACCAGAGUCAAAAUCAUUACCAAGAUCAACAGAACACCCCAAAUGGGACUGGAGAUCAAAAUCAGAGCAUCAUGAUUUUGAUGAAUUAAAUCAUAUACUUCAAGAAAGCAAGAAGCUGGGUAAAGCCUUGGAGAAUCUUUCUCGAAGUAUCGCGAUAUCUGAUGAGCUUGAAAAGGAUGCAAUAGCCUUUAAUGCUCCUCUUUUACGACCCCGUGUUGUUGGAGAAUGGGUUGGCCGUGAAGAGAAUGAUGCAGAUCCAUUGGCUGAUGAAAUGCUCCAACCUCCAGUACCAAGAAGCAAAAUGGAACAGUGGGACAGUGAAGAUAGUGGUAGUCCUGGAGGAAGUUUAAAGAUGGAACCAAAGACCAAAGGACUGAAACACCAGCAGCAGCAACAUAAGAAACUACUAGCUGCUAUGCUUUCCCAGGAUUCAUUUGAUUCUGUACAAAGCACAGCUCCAUCAGUGACUGAAGAAGAUAUUGACAAUGAAGAUGAUGCAAUGGAACUACUGGAAGAUCUUGAUGAUUUACGAAUGGAAGGGGUAACCAGUGUCCUUUCCUCUGGGAGCAAAUUCAACCAAACUCGAAGUACCUAUAUAGCUGAACCACAAGCCAAAGUCACAUUGAACAUUUGUGCAAGAUGUGCCAGACUGCAAGGUGAUAACUUGGCAGAAGGGACAGAAGAUGUGUCUGUUGCCUCUCAGACACUUGAACAAGAAGUAUCAGAAUCUGUUGCACCAGUUCUGGGGGAAGAAAUCUCAAUGGAAAGCAGUGAUGAACUGGAAAAUGUAGCCCGAACAACAGAGCAGAGUCAACCUGUUUGGGACCUGGACAUUAUGGGUUCCAGAAUUGGAGACUCCCGAAGCCAGAAACUAUUAAAGGAUUCAUUGGCUGCUAAGGAACUUCAAACCAUGGAAAAACACCUUGCUGACAUUGCAAAGGACCUAGCAUUGUGGGAAGAAGGAAGACUAUCAAGAAAUACCAGUAGCCCACAAGCUAAUUUAGUUGCAUUAGAUCAUCAAGGAAAUUUUAAAAUUGCAUCAAGCCAGGAUCCAGGACCACUAUUGCCCGUUCAGACUGGGAAAGAUAUUCAACUCCAGCUUCAAAGAAAAAAAUCACCAUCAUUAUCCAGUAACAAUACACUGCAGCUCUCCAGUGUCACAAAUGGUAGGCCUCAGUCUCCCAGUACACAGACCAACAGAUCUUCUGUGCUGCCAACUCAGGCAAAUAGGUCCACAACCCCAAAUACUUUGUUACAAAGACCAAUUUCCCCUAGCAACCAAGGAAAUAAGGAAGGACUCAUUAGCAUGCAAAGGAGCCGGUCUUUAAUAUCAAAAAACCAACUUGGGAGGACUGUCACCACUCCUGCAGGGCUACUUGAAACCAGUGGAGAUGUCACUCUAGGAAAUGUCACUCAAAGAAGUAGUUUGUCUGAAGAUGAGUUCUUACAACUUCAACUUGCUCACCAGCCUUGGAUUUUGCCAAGUGAUACUGAAAGUGAAGGAGUGGAGGCAGAUCCAGAUAAAUGUUUGUGAAUGAAUUAAGUGAAAUUAAUGAAGAGUGGUUUCCCAUAAACAUAUAAGCUGCAG